GGCGACUCAUGUCGUCUUUGCAAGUCUUUAUUUAAAAUACAAGUUGGUAAUACUAAACGGCACAUAUCUACUGAAAAUCUUUUUAAUACCCCUGGCAAGAAAGGUGUUGAAAAAAGGGCUUUGGAUAAGCUUAUUCAAGUAGACUUGGGUGUUACCGUCAUCAAAACUCUGGAAUAUUCGUGCAGAGUUUGCUCCAAAUGUGCCUUGAAAAUACGAAAUAAUGCCGUUGAACUAUUCUGUUUCGUGAAGGAAAAUAUAAACCCCCGACAACCGAUAGCGGUUGCCGCUCAAGAAAAAAGAUCUGAAUAUCGGAGAAACCAAAGAGCAACAACGCUGGAAGAGAAUGUCGAAAUCUCAGUCUUCUGCUGAGAAGGUAAAAUCAGCCAAGAUUCCUUGCACUGAACCGCAGCUAACUCUUGAACUGAAACGAGGUUUUAGAGUUAGAAAAUCUUUCUCAUUCGGUCAAGAACCAGUUGAUUUAAAUAGCGAUUCUCAGAAGGAGGCGGCAAGAUUGCGUAGCAUGGACAUUCAUAACAGUAGUCAGGAAUUUGAAGAUUGCAGCCCUUGCGAAGUAAAAGUAAUUCAUGACAAUGCAGAUUGCGGACCCCGAACGAUAAAAUCACGCGUAGCUUGA